CUUUUUUGCUUCUAUAGGUGGCUCUGAACUUGGUUGAAUCAAUUUCUCAGUUAUUAGAGGUUUACAAUUUUAAAUGCUAUUGUGAUUAAAAAUUUCACCUUAAUUUCUUUGUUUAUCGUGAUAUUUGACUUAAAUUAAUCAGUUUUCCAUCAUGCCUAUCGAAGAUCUAUCUGAAGAGAGUCUUGCCAAAAAUCCUAACCUUGAAUUAGCUCAAUAUCUGUUUACUCUGACCACCGAGUCUCGGAAUGAUGAUGCAAAAUUGUUGGGAUUGUUGCAGGACGCAAUUAAGGAGAACAAUAUGGCUCCUUUUUAUGAACAGGUUAGCACUACGCUUAACAAGCCGAUUGACAAAGAACUGCUGGAGCGUAUGAGGGCAGAAAAUCAAACACAAUUGAAAAAAUUGGAGGAAGCUAUUGAAGAUGCAAAUAAAAAUCUUGGUGAAAUGGAAGUUAGAGACGCUAAUUUAGCAAAGUUUGAAUAUCUUAGUUUGAUUGGAGAUAAAGAAAAUGCUUUGGAAGCAUUCAAAGUGACUUAUGAGAAAACUGUAUCAUUAGGACAUCGAUUGGAUCUACUCUUCCAUGUGAUUAGAAUUGGUUUGUUUUAUCUUGACCAUGAUCUUAUCUCUCAGAACAUAGAAAAGGCUAAGACGCUUAUUGAGGAAGGUGGUGAUUGGGAUCGUCGAAAUAGACUCCGAGUCUAUCAAGGAUUAUACUGUCUGGCGAUCAGAGACUUUAAAACAGCAGCCCAAUUAUUCUUGGAUACUGUGUCAACAUUUACAUGUUAUGAGCUCUGUGACUACAAAACAUUUGUCACGUACACUGUCCUUUGCAGUUUAAUAUCUUUGGAAAGGGUUGAUCUCCGGGAGAAAGUUAUCAAAGGAGCAGAAAUUUUGGAAGUUCUUCAUAGUGUUCCCAAUAUCCAAGAGCUUCUUUUCUCGCUUUACAAUUGUCGAUAUGGAGACUUCUUCCGUAAACUUGCGUGGGUCGAAGAUUACAUGAAGAUUGAUCGGUUUUUCGCUCCUCAUUGUCGUUACUUUAUCCGUGAAAUGCGAAUCCUGGCUUACAAUCAACUUCUUGAAUCUUAUAGAAGUUUAACUUUGCAGUACAUGGCUAAUGUUUUCGGUGUUACUGUUUCUUUCAUCGACAUGGAACUCGCCAGAUUCAUUGCUGCUGGUCGCCUCCAUUGUAAAAUCGAUAAAGUAAACGGAAUUGUUGAAACAAACAGACCAGAUGUAAAAAAUUAUCAAUAUCAGUCUUGUAUAAAACAAGGUGAUAUUUUAUUGAACCGUAUUCAAAAGCUUAGUCGAGUAAUCAACAUCUGAAUUAACAUUUUGUAAUUAAAGUAAAACUUUUUUACCAUUUUCAAAUAAUACCACUAACCUUCAGCAAAGAUAGGUAAAUAAAACAUCAUCUUGAAUUAAAACUAUCUUGUAAAAGUGAAGCAAGUCAUUUGGUUUGAAAAUGAUUUUAUUUUACGAAAACAUUAAUUCAAUAAAAAUGUAUGGAAAUGUUUCUAUUUGA